UGAAUGUUUACUUGACAACAUAAGAUGCCUUAAAAUGUUAUUUACAAUUUUACAAUCUCUAAGGUUUUUAGUAGUUUUAUACCCGAAAUAAAAAUUGAUGUGAAGUAAAAAUGCUAAAUCUAUAUCAUCUUUUUGUAUUCUUAAAUUUCAUCAUAGUUUGUAACAGCUACUCGACCUGCAUCGGAAUUUUUUUUUACUGCUCGAGCACUGUUAUUAACUGUAGAUACGGUGUGUGCGAUGGUGGAUGCUGCAAGCACGGUCAAAGUGCUCACAGGGGUGGUGAGGGAGAUGGACGAGCCGUGGCAGAUGGACCAGUUGUGCCAGAAAUCACGUACACACCACUCCGCUUGAUGUGGAUGAUUGGGACGAUUGUUGUUCUAGUGGCACUCUUUGUUGUAGCAAUGGUGUGGGUGAGGAACCACAGAAGAGAGAGCGAUACUCAUGAUGAGAUGACAGGGCCCAGAAGACAGAGCACUACUACUGUAGCUCUAGGUCCCCCACCUCCAGCACUGAAUGCUUCAGAAGCAAGGAAGUAUUUCUCUGUUUGCUACUUCAGAGACAGAGAGUUAAGCCACAGAAGAGAGAGCAAUUCUCAUGCUGAAAUGACAAGUCCCACAACUCCAGCACUGAAUGCGUCAGAAGCAAGGAAGUAUUUCUCUGUUUGCUACUUCAGAGACAGAGAGUUAAGCCACAGAAGAGAGAGCAAUUCUCAUGCUGAAAUGACAAGUCCCACAACUCCAGCACUGAAUGCGUCAGAAGGAAGGAAGCAUUUCUCUGUUUGCUACUUCAGAGACAGAGAGUUAAGCCACAGAAGAGAGAGCAAUUCUCAUGCUGAAAUGACAAGUCCCACAACUCCAGCACUGAAUGCGUCAGAAGCAAGGAAGCAUUUCUCUGUUUGCUACUUCAGAGACAGAGAGUUAAGCCACAGAAGAGAGAGCAAUUCUCAUGCUGAAAUGACAAGUCCCACAACUCCAGCACUGAAUGCGUCUGAAGCAAGGAAGCAUUUCUCUGUUUGCUACUUCAGAGACAGAGAGUUAAGCCACAGAAGAGAGAGCAAUUCUCAUGCUGAAAUGACAAGUCCCACAACUCCAGCACUGAAUGCUUCAGAAGCAAGGAAGCAUUUCUCUGUUUGCUACUUCAGAGACAGAGAGUUAAGCCACAGAAGAGAGAGCAAUUCUCAUGCUGAAAUGACAAGUCCCACAACUCCAGCACUGAAUGCGUCAGAAGCAAGGAAGUAUUUCCCUCUUUGCUACUCAAGAGACAGAAAGUUCAGCCAUCUUUUACACAAAUGUAAACAAAAGCCGAGAAGGAAAAGAGACAGUUAAGCCCUCGUUUACACAACCAUAAAGUAUGGCCCACAACUACAAAAACAUCUUCACAUUUUUGACAGUUUCAUCCCUUACCACACUGAUAACAGUCGAAACCCAUGGAACUAUUCGUCUCGAUCCCCUAGUUCAACCUUCUCGAAUAAGUCUUUGACAUCUUGCUCUGCCUGGCUGUCCAUUACCACCCUGACAAAAUAUAAGAGGUUUAUAAUGUAUCUGUCAUUAGAAGCUAUACAAAUUAAAUCUUAGGCACAGUGUUAAGAAAAGAGAUAAAAUCUAAAUUCAUUACUGUCAAAACAUUUCAUCGUCUAAGCUAUGAUCUAAGUUUUAAAAUUUUACACCAACCUUUACUCGUUUAUCUUUUUGAAAAAGAAAAAGUUUUAUACAUGUACUUUUUUUAUUUAGCAAUGUAGUGGUUAAUAUUUUAACUUAAAAAGUCCUUAUAGAUAGAAUACAAAACCUCUUCUUAUUUGGUUUUUGUAUUGAUGUUCUGUAAAUUGGACGUAUUUUGUUAUUAAUAUUUUCCGUAAUUAAAUACAAGUUGA